AAAAAAAAAAAAAAAGAUUUAUGGCAUCAUUUUAUUGCGCGUUUACACGUUGUAUUACGGUAAAACAUGGACGCUACAUCUCGGCGCUGCUGCCAGUGAAGCUUGUUGGAAAAACUCCGAGUCUCUGGUUCUACAUUACAUCAGUGUUCAUAAUGAUAACUCCAGCGUUUGACCUGAGCCAAGAUCCAGAGUACCUGAUCGUCAACAUCUGCGUGCCUUACACCAGAACAUCAGAGUUUGACCUCUACAUCGAUGGAACGGAUCUCAAGUUCUUCGCCAAGCCCUACUUUCUCAGAUUAUCUCUUCCUGGAAGAAUAGUGGAGGAUGGGAGAGAAAAAGCCAAAUUUGACAUUGAUAAAGGUCUCUUCACUCUUCGGGUCCCUAAGGAAACGGCUGGAGAACACUUUGAAGGACUUCAGAUGCUCACAAGUCUCCUCGCUCCGAAAGGUUCCCGUUCAGCAAAACCACUGGUAGAAGACAUCAGCACAGAAUGCAGUGAAAGCGUGGGAGAUGAUGAAGACGAAGACGAGGGGGAUUUCGACUGGCAGGUUGAGCAGGAGGUGUACAAGGAGACCUCUGAGGAGGAGCUGAGAGCCCUGCAGACGUACGGCUUUGGCAACCAGAGGUCCGGAGUGUUUGCCAGAUUACAGGAGGAGCUGAGCGAUGUGAUUGAUGUCAAGAACCCAGAAGGAACGACAGCAGCAGAGAGGAGGCAGGCUCGGCUGGAAGCAGAGGCAUCUGCCUUUUCUCCUGACCAUUACCUGGCUGAUUUGUUUGAGGAUGAUGAGAUAAAGGGGCUGCUGAAGUUUACUCCGUGGUGGGCAAAGCUGAGUCCUUCUACUGAGCAGGAGGGAGGAGCUGCUGUGUCGUUCACCGACGACGAGAAGGAGCAGCUGAGGAAGUUCACCAACCGCUCCUACCUGCUCGACAAGACGUGUCGUUACCAAGCGUGGCUCAGCCUCGUGGACAUCCUGCUGGCUUAUUCCUAUGAAGAGCGCUCUACAGAGGGGGAGCACAAUGUAGAAUCGCCGUGGACUAUCAGAAAACUCAGCGGGACUCUCUGCUGGCUGGAGGCGUACAGCUCCUUGCAAGACGUCCUGGUGUCAUUUGGACGCAGGGUUUUGUGCUACCCGCUCUACAGACACUUUGCCAUGGUCUCUGCAGCCAUUCGUGACACAGCUAAGAUUUUGCAGUCAGGGAAAGCCUGUGUCCUCAAAUGCCUGCUGGAUAUCCACAAAGUCUUCAGAGAGAACGACCCGGCCUACAUACUGAACGAUCUGUACAUCACAGACUACUGCGUCUGGAUCCAGAGGGUCAAGUCCAAGAAAAUGACAGACUUGGCCAUGACGUUACAGAAAGCUUCUCUGCGGAAAAAAGACUUGGAGCUGGAACUCAAAGAGCUGGAGGAAGCGGCGACAAUGGUGGCAGAGGAAGAAGAGCAGGGAGCUUCCCAGACCGUUCCGAUAUCCCGCGGUGACAGCAGCAGCGCUUCCAGUGAUAGCAGCAGCAGCAGCAGCAGCGAGUCGUCUGAUGAGAGUGAAUCUGAAGCUGAAGGGCAAGGCUGCACCGACUCCAACAAGGGAGGAGGAGAGAUGUAUAAGGACAACCCUCCACAGCCCCAACCCAGCUCCACUGCAUCUCCCACCCCCCAGGAGCCCACGAGCACUCUCUCCUCAGAGGAGAAGAAAGUGGAUACCCUCCUUGUAGCCUCAGAAGGCUCCAGACGGCUCAUCCAGGAGCUGGGGGAGCUGGGGGAGCGGGUGGCAGAAGAGCUGAAAAUCUCCCACGACUCCAGCAACAAAGCAGAGGGAAGCCGCUCACAGCCCAGCAGCGCUGCAGCAAAAGGCGAAGCAACAUCUGGGAGGAGCAGCAGUGGGACUCUGUUAGAGCCGAGCCCUCGCAGGAACCCUCUGCUCAUCGUGCAAACACAGAGAGAUCAAGACAAGUGACUUCAUCUGCUGACAGGAAAUGUCGCCACUUUUUGAACUGUUGGCUUCAUAAACAUGAUGUAAGGAAACGUGUUUGUUUCAUUUCUUUGUUACUCCAAGCUUUAUAAUACUUUAACCCUCCUCUAAAGGACAUUAUCUUACAUAAAGAAUAUUUCUUAUGAACUUGCUGCACCCCAUUAAAAAAUCUUAUUUCAUAUUUCUGCUUUUUGUAAUGAGCAUGUGUAUGUUUAUCCUUUCAUCAUAGGACGGAAGGCAGCUCAGUUUUCUUCUUCUGUCUUGUUUCUUCUCUUUACUCGACUUUCUAGCUGUUGCUGCUUUAUAUCUGAGCUGCCUUACAUGCUGCAAAUCUUAUAUCUUUACUCUCUGAACAGACUGUUUGAUUUUAUAUUAAUUAUUUCUCCUCCUUUAUAAUUAUUGAAACACAUUCAACAGUGCUUGUGAAAGAUUUAGUCCAUCUGCUAAUACUGAACUUCUCGUGUAUAUUUCCAUACACACAUUAACAAAUUCAAUCUGUAUCCAUUUUGGACUUGAAUAAACAAAACAGGAAUGUCAUUCCAGGAAACUGA